CUGCUGGAUUUUGGAAUACUUUUACAAGUUACUUGUGCCUACUCUUAGUUUUCUUUACUUAAAUGUUAUUUUUAAAAUAAAAAUAGUAUGAUAGAAGAGGAGUUUUAGGCUGGUUUACAAGGAAAUAGUCUUAUUUGUAGUGUCAGUUUUCCUUAGUAAUUUGUUGCUGCUUACAUAUGAAUUAUCUGAGAGUGGAAAAAAUCUGAUAAGUAAUAUUUAUAGAAAAUUAAAUUAUGUAAAAUGGACAAAAAAGCCCAGAAGGGCCUGUCCUUAUAGGACAGUUGUAGCAUGAGCUUUUAAGUUUUAUAAAACUUCUUUAAAAAGCAUUAUUGAAUUGUUUUCUCUGCUUCAUACCUUUCCCCAUCUUUUGUCCAUCCAUCCAUAGAUAAAACUAAUUUUAAGAAUUCUCAGUGUUCUAGAAGAACAGUUAGGGUAGAAGAGAAAUUAAACAGUUUACAGAAGAGAUGUACUUUUUGGUGUAACAGUAAGUAUUCUUGUUGUGGAUAUGUCUUUAAAAAUAUCUAGUUAUAGGCAAGUUAUUUUGUACUCACUGCAGUGGAAAAUCUAGUUGGCUGUCAUGACAGGUACUAUCAUAAAUGUAGUAAUGUUACUUCUCUUAAGUGUUACAGCUUUUUACAGUGGUUAUAUUUUCCCUUUCCUGUUUGAUGCUUUUUGUUUUCACCAGCACUUUCAGUUUUCUGGUUCUUUUGCUUUUGAUUUCUUUUUAUCUUGUAUGACAGUAAUUAGAUUUUACAAAGAAGACUGAGAGAAAUUUCAUGUUUGAUUGUAGUGUAGAGGUGGGGGGGUUGGGUCUUUUUUAAAGGUUCAUUUAAAAUUUGAAAUGCUUAUUAAAUGCUGCAUUAUAUAUUAUGAAUGCCUCAAAAAACCUUUCGUUCUGUUUAAAUAUAGCAGGAACGUAACUUGGCUGAUGAAAUCUUCACAUUAGAAAGUACAACAUUCUAUCAGAGUAACGUGUUAAAUUGAGUUAUGCUCAAACUAAAUAUUUAAUUCACUUUUCAAGUAACAGAAGGUGGUGUUUGACUGCUGAAAGCUGCUUUUUAGGGGGAUUUUUUUGGCAGCUGCAACACUGGAAGCUCUCUAUCAGUGUUUCAAGUACUCCACAAGCUGUUUUGAAAACAUGGUGUGUGCCUUGUGAAGAUAAGUGAAAAGGAGGGUUGAGUGUUCUCUGCAUACAUUGCUAAAAGGAACUAGUAUUCCUUUUAGCCUUCCAUGCUGUGGAAGUGUAAUGAACUGAAUUGAAUAUUGGAACUGAUUAUAAGGGAAAAACCAAAAGCAGCAUAUAUGAUACAUGUGCUAUCUGUCUGAGAGUUCUUUCUUAAAAGACAUUUAAAGGCUUGUCUGUAGCUGUAAUCUCCCUCAUGAGUUUUGCCGAGGUGUUCACCCAAAAUAUGUCCUCAUCUAUAAUAUUUCCCUGUGUUCCCCACCACCCUGGAUUUAGUCUUCACCUUUUUCAUUUUGCCCUGUUCCUUUUUGCUGUGUUUUUUUUUUACCUUCUUGUAACAAAUACAGAGCUUGUUAAACUGUGUGUGCUGUAAUAUCUGAGGAAUAUGAUAAGUUAUGGCUAUGGAGCAAACAAAUUAGAAAUAUAUAAUUUAUAUUGCACUGCUUACUUCUCAUAAGGUCUUGUAAGAAUAGAAGGUCAUGAAUAGCAGUUUCAUGGGGAAUUAAUCACAUUUAAAUUGAUUGGAAAUUAAGUAUUUCCUAAGUUAAUGAAUCUUGUUAUAAAGUAUAUGAAAACACUUAAACUGUUUCCUACCAAAAACAAGCCCUUUAUGGUUAACAGUGUAUGGUAUAUAGGACUUUCCCCUGCCACUUCUCAGUGGGGAAAGCUCACAGUUGUGUAACUUUUGGGGUUUUUUCCUCAACUUUUAUUUUCACAGUACAUUUGUACAUUCUGUUGGUGAAGUUGAGGGUGCAGUGUUCCAUAAGGAAAUGGGAAGGGCAGGUAAUGCUGAUGCUAUACACUUUGCCGGGAUCCAAACUGGUGCAGUGUUACUAUUUCCAUUGGAAAUGGAUCUUUUUCUUCCCUCUUUCUGUUCAAAAGUUCACUAAAAAUGUCUAUGUGCCAUGAAAAUAGGUUGAGUAGUGAGUAACCAGGAGCAUAGCUGGCAGUCUGAGUGUUUUGGGUUUUUUUCCACAGUGUGUUUAAAUGUGCCCAUGUCCUCCGCCCUCCCCAUGUUGUGAAAGUUUCCCACAUUUGGAACUUGAGGAUUUACAUUGGUUACAGUUUUAUUGUUGUUGGGAGCUGGCAGAUGGUUACAGCCUCUGUUGAGCAAUAGGGUGAUGGGGUAGUCCCGUGUCAGCCGAAUUGAGUCUCCACAGCUGCGCUCAGUUACAGAAACUCUGGGGUGACUAGUGAAGUGUAAUCUAAAUGUUUGGUUUGUUGAGGUAAAACUUUUCAUUAGUAAUAUAUUUUCCUUUCUGGAUAGUUCCAGAUCUGACUGUGGUUUCUUGAUCCAGCUCUAGAUGUGAGGGCACUUCUUAGUAAUCUUUUUUUCCUUCCUUUUAAUGGGAAGGACUCAAUUGAAAGAGAGAUACAUUGUAAAAAUCAGACUUGGAAAUGCUGUCAGAUUUUGCACUCUCUAGCAGAGCUGCCUUCUCUCCAGCUCUUCUUUUUUUUGCAAAUACUAGGAAGUUCAGGAAUAAACUAAUAUAUAACUGUCUUGAAGUUAUUUCAAAGUUAUAAAUAUUGUAUAACUUUUACUGUUGUUUAUUAUCCAAUGAAUACUGUUAUUUGAGAACUUUGGUCUGUCACAAAAGUGGUGAGAUUCCAUUGUCAUGUGAUUUGAAUCAUAGUGAUUCAUUAGGAAAGCUAACUUGUAACAUGACAAAUAAUAAAGAGCAGAAGAGGGGAAAAGAAGGCUGCAAUAGGGAAUUAAGGUAGGUGGAAAAUUUAAAUUUAAAACAAAACCACCAAUCUACUGGAGAGAAAAUUAGUGUUUUACCAAUGCCUGGUUCAUUUAUCAGGCAAAAUACUUUUGAAAGAAGACAGAACACAAAUAUUUUAGUCUGUACUAUGUGAAUCAGUAAACAGAAGUAGCUCACAUAGUAUUUCAGUAAAUUUUGAUUUAAUGCAUCUGUUUUAUUUCUCUUUACAUUUUCAUAUUGUUGAAGUUAGAAUAUACUGAUUACUUAAAAAUGAAAACUUAGAUAAUUGCGAGGUGUUAUGGUAAAUUUAUGACUCUGAAUCGCAUGCCUAGGAAAGAACUGUUCUUUUAUUGCUGAAGUCCCUUUUUUGGUCUGUGAGACUACAAAAACAAUGUGAAGAUGUACAUAUUAAACUUUGGGUACUUCAGAUGGUCACAAGCAUGUAUUUAUGUAUUAACAUGUAUGAAGUACUGAGUAGUAAUCUGAAGAAGAAUUAGACCAGGCAUUGCAUGUUUAACAGCUUGCUUGUAUUUUAGUAUCGAUAGGUUCCUGUUGGAUGUGACUUUCACGUGUACAGUUUGGCUUUUUGUUCCCCCAGAUUUGAAGCACAGAAGCAUGCUUUCCCCUGAGCCUUACACUACCAUUUGUGAUACAGAAUGUCUCUAAGAGAGAACAACAGUGUGGUUUUUGCAUAUGAAUCUUCAGUACACAGUACCAAUGUACUCCUCAGUCUUGAUGAUCAAAGAAAGCAAGAUAUUCUUUGUGAUGUUACAAUUUUAGUGGAAGAUCAGCGAUUUCGGGCUCACAAAGCUGUGCUUGCAGCUUGCAGCAGUUACUUCCUUUCAAGAAUUGUGGGCCAGGUGGAUGCUGAUCUUAUCAUCACUUUACCAGAAGAGGUAACACUUAAAGGAUUUAAUCCUUUGCUUCAGUUUGCAUAUACAGCUAAACUUAUUUUAAAUAAAGACAAUGUGUCUGAAGUUUGCAAAUGUGCGGAGUUCUUGGGUGUACGCAACAUUGAAGAGUCUUGCUUUCAGUUUCUCAAAUUCAAGUUUUUGGACUUUAAGUUGGAUCAGCAGGAAUGUCCUAGGAAGAAGUGUUGUACACAGCGUUGUCAGAAAGCAAACUCUAAAACCGGCAAUGCGGAUGAUGGAGACCUGGAAAUAAAGGAUGAAGCAGAAGCACUUCUGGAAAAGGAAUAUAGUCAAACUCCUGACACAAAGCUCUGUAAAGAUGAAGAAAAUGCUACAUCAUUGCCUGCUCUCCAAGAUAAUGCCAAUCAAAACUGUGAUCCUGUACAUUUAGAAAGGGGUAGGGUUUCCAGCUUAUCUUCCCAGUGCCCAAAGUAUAGGAAAUUCCAGAAGGCUUUUGGAAAUGACAAAGUUCAUACUUCAGAGUCCAAUUCCAGUAUUAAAGACAUUCAGGUGCCACCAUUUGCCACUUUUCCUGAUAAGGAAAUAUCUGAUAAUGAUGGCAUACAAAAAGCUCAAGAGUGUGUACCUAUACAGCUGGUCUCAAACUGUGAAGAGACUUGGGUAAAAAUGGAAGAAGGGGAAGAAUGCAUUCAGAAAAAGGAGGAGUCAAAGAGAGAUUCUGUGACUCAGAAUAUGUCAUGUCCUGUGGAGAAAAUGGAUCUUGCUGCUUUUCCCCAAAACUCUGCUGCAUCUCACGUACUCAAUUCUGUGUCUAUUUUACAUACUUGUGAGCAAUAUGGUAACUUGAAGUUCAGUAGUAUGCAAAACAACACAGUCUUAGCUGACAAAACCGUAUCAGGUACUGGAGCUGGGAAUGACAAAAUUGAAAGUCAAGGUGACACAUCCUCAAAGGUCGAUUUGUACACUAGGGAAGCCACUAACAUCACAUCAGCUGGUGAUCGAAGCAGUGUGGAGAGAGAGGUAGCAGAGCAUCUGGCAAAAGGGUUCUGGAGUGAUGUUUACAGCACAGAAGCCUGUCAAAUACAUUUACCACCUGCAGUUCCCAAAGAGUGCUUGGAGCCAGUAUAUUCGGGGAAAAAAUCGGAAUGUCCGUGGCUGGGUAUCAGGAUCAGUGAAAGCCCUGAACCUUGCUCUCAACGAACUUUUACAACACUGAAUUCUGUCAACUGCCCCUUUAUAAGCAACCUUAGCACUGAAGGAUGUUCCAAUAGCUCUGAAAUAAGCAGUGGAGAUUAUGUUCAGGGACAACAACAAGAACAGUGUCCCUAUAAUUAUGUGAUAAGUUUGGGAGAGGAUUCAGAGACUGAUACCGAGGGAGACAGUGAAUCCUGUUCAGCAAGAGAACAAGAAUGUGAGGUAAAACUUCCAUUUAAUGCACAAAGGAUUAUCUCACUUUCCAGAAAUGACUUCCAGUCAUUUCUGAAAAUGCAUAAAUUAACUCCUGAACAAUUGGACUGUAUUCAUGAUAUCCGAAGACGAAGUAAAAAUAGAAUUGCAGCCCAGCGAUGUCGCAAGAGAAAACUUGACUGCAUACAAAAUCUUGAAUCUGAAAUUGAAAAACUGCAAAAUGAGAAGGAGAACUUGCUGAAGGAAAGAAACCACAUUUUGUCAACUCUGGGUGAGACAAAGCAGAAUCUGACUGGACUUUGCCAGCAGGUGUGUAAGGAAGCAGCCUUGAGUCACGAGCAAAUACAAAUACUUGCAAAAUAUUCUUCCUCAGAUUGUCCACUCUUACUUUUGUUCCCGAAGAGAGAACAAACAGCUCCGUCUGAUAGUGAACCUGCAGUACCAGCGUCUGUAGAAUCAGCAGAUGGUCUUUCAGGUGUUACAUCUACAAAUGAGCAGAGUUCUUGUUAUCAGUGUGUCAAAAGUGAUGCAACAUAUGAUCAAGUACAAGAACUGCAUCCAGUUUCUGUAAGAACAUUGGAGGAAACGUUACUUGUGGAACAGUGUGGACACAGCAGUGGUAUCACAGACUUCUGUCAGCAGAUGACAGACAAAUGCACUACAGAUGAGUGAAUCUCUUGUUCCUAUUGCCAGCCUCUCAACAUUGCAACUAAAAGUGAGAUUGAGCAUUAUUGGAAAGUAGCUUACUAAGUGAUAAAAAGAUGAAACUUUAUCUUCUGAAACUACAUUGACAGAUAAGUGGUCACUAUAUUACUUGGCAAGCUUUUGGUUUGCUCUGUGUAAUUCUAGAGCAUAAUUUCUAUGUGUCAACCUUGAAGCUUUUUUUUUGUGUGGUGAUGCCAAGGAAGGUUCAGGAAAGUUGUUGGAAUGUAUAAACUCCAUGUGCAGGUGUUUAUUUUUGAGAAAGCUUUCAUUCACAUAUAGGACAGCCUUUGCUCUGACUUAUGCCACAGUAACUAAUGCCACUCCACAUCUCAGUGAAAGCCUCCUAACAGGUGUUUAUGCACAAUGACUUCUAUACCUAGAAUUCUUCUAAGAUUUCUUUUUGCCUGGUAGACAAACCUUAAGAAGCACAUGCAGCUUGUAAAUGCUUAUUUUGUAGAUGAGUUAGGAUAACAUGACAGUAUGAGGAGAUUCUGGCAAGUGCGCUCUGGAACAGCUCAUUGCUUCUUGCUGUUCCCAUCCCUGUCCCAGAGUAGACUUUUACUGAAUAAAAUUAGUAGGCUAGUAGUAGUAGUAAAUUUGAAUAGUAGUAGGCUUUUAUUGAAUAUAUGCCUUUGUCUUAGCUCUCCAGUGUAGAGUUAAGAGAACUGGAACGGCAGAGGUGCUGCCGCAUACUGCUCUCUUCUCUAAAUUUAGUGGGAGGAAUAACAACAUACUGUGAAAGGCAGAUGUUUGAAACUGAUGCAGUUCUUGGAUGAGUGUGCAUUGGAUCCUCUGGCAUCUGAAUCCCAUAGGCUUGUUAAAAUUCACUGCUGUAUUGUGACUUACUGUCCUAGCACCUUCAAGCUUUCUGCUUGUUUGUGGUAAUUUGGAAUCAAAGUAUUAUGGAAGUCUAAGGACAGAUUUUUAUUUUUUUUAAGGUAUUCAGGCACUACAAUUUUUUUACUUAAGUGCCUAACUGCAUAAAGUUACAAAUAUAUUUGUUCUCUGAUCACUGGGACCAGUAAAUUUCUAUUUCAGAAUCUUAGUCUUUGGCGUACUUUAUGGCUGAACCUGUAGUACGUUUUCAAUGGCUUGUGCUAUUAGUGUAGAUAUAUAAAAAGUUUAUUAAGGAAAUGAGCUGGAGAUAUUUCCUUUAUUUACUUUGUGAAGGCGAAAUUUAGCUACUGAAAGCAAUCCCCGUUUUUUAGAUUUUUACAUAGCAGUGGAUGCAUAUUGUAUACCAAUGACGCUUUGUUAUUUAGAUGUUAUUCUAACAACAGAACUAAGUAUUGAACCUCACCACAGAAAACUUUGGUUUUGCUGGUUUACAAAACAUGAAGAAUCUUGAACAAGCCAGUAGAAUUCUUCAUUUCCUACCUCAGUAUGUAUAUUAGCUCUUUGUGUCUUUGUGUGCAUGUACAGUAGGCAGCAAAGGACCCUGUAAAUACCGCUUUUCAGUUUUAUCUUGCAGUGAGACAAAACUUGUUCUUGACAAGACUUUUUUUUUUUUCCCCCUCUCUCCCCAUAGGUAACAUAGCAUUAAUAAAUACAUUAAGCCGCUUAUUUAAAACAAAAAUUUAAAAUUUGACAGAUUUAAACAGGACUUCUCAUAACCAGCACAAAAUGCAAAUGACUACACUACCUCACCUAUGGGAUUGAAAGUUGAUUCGAAAUCUCUAGUGAUAUCCUUGGAUUUUCAUCAUAUAUCAUUACUUUUAAGGGAAAAAUUAUGUUAAUGGAGCAUAGCUUGUAUAAAACACAGUGCUUGCAGUAAUUGAAAUUCAGAAAUAAGUACUAUAUGGGAGACGUCAUGAGAGUUCUACUGAUAUGCUUUUCGAUAAUUGAAUUGAAAUUCUCUUAAAUUACUAUCAUUGAUUAUAUGUUGAUCAUGUAUAUGUAUUACUUACAAAGCUCUGUGGGCUUUUUUUCCGGUGUCUGUAGAUUCCUGGUUAAUUUAAUCUUGCCUCCCUUGCAUGCUGCCAUCCUGGGUAGCGUUUUGCUCUGAAGUCUCCAUUUUAUUUAAAAAGCAAACCAAAAAGAAACAAUAAAAAACAAAAUGGAAAGCCCCAAACCCCUCUACUGUUCAUAACUACUGUCACUGUUAAAGCUGGUGAUACUCUGAAAUGACAUGGACAAUGGCACUGUCCUCAUAGUACACAUACUUCAAAAUGGAACUCCGUGGGCUAAACGCUUGUUCUAAACGGGUGGAGCGUAUAUGUAGGCAGUGGCUGGCUGGCAGCUUAUCCAGUGGCCCAAACCCCUGACACACUUGGCUGUAGAUGCUGGAAAACCAGGUCAGCGAUUACCAAGUUAAAGGCUGGAAUAUCCACUAGAGGCUUGUGCUCCACUGCUGCGCUCUGGUGAUCAGCCACAGUCUGAAUUCCACAUAGCUGAUGGUGGAGGGAUUCCAGUGCAGAAAUCAUGACUGUCGUUGACCUGUGAUAAAAUUAACGUCAUGUUUUUAAACCUGUAAUGAACUUGAUUGUGAGGGUAGGGUUUUGCCUGACCAGCUGCAUCUAAAUAAUUUUUAAAAUAUUUAUUUAAUACUGUAGACCUACAAGUUGCAUGUUGACUUCUAUAGCCUAUGUCAUCAACUUGCAAAAGUUAAGAAUGAAUGACAAUUUUAUGAUACAGAAUUCUCAGGAAAAUGUUUUUGGAGUUUGGUUUUAUUUUUUUCUUCCAGUAAAGAAAUAUUUGAUUUUGAAAUUGUAAAAUACUUUGCUAAAGCAUGUUUUAAAAUACUUUGAACAGACUAUCUUGAAACCAUAAAGGUAUGAUGGCAUACAGAUUGUAAAAUAAACAGAUAAUUACAACAGUUGAUUUUGUAUCUUUCAUAAUUCAGUAUUUUCUAAGACUACAAUAAAAACCACUAUCCUUUCUA